UGUCUCAGAAUGAGUUCGGGGACUGAUUCUAGCUCCUCGUCUGGUGACAGACCAGACACAGAGAACGAGGAGUUAUCUUCACCCUCCUCGCAACAACCAUCUGUUUUGACCCCACCUUCCACAGAGGUCCACGUCACUAUCAUAGAUGAGGAGGUCGGCUUAUUGGACGACAGUACAUGCAACGCAACCACGAGUAGCAAUGCCAGUUUCUCUAAUUCGCCUGGAAGUCUUUCGCUACCCAAUAGUGCCAAAUCACCUGGAGCUACUGAUUCUACAGUUGCGUUGCAGUCGCCGGGAGUUUUUGAGAAAAAGGUGAAAUUUGCCAAAGGAACCAAAACUUCUUCUGAUUAUAAAUCGCAGAAAAAUGAGACUAAGUUCUUUCCAAAAAAUAUUCCGCUGUCAAGAGUUUCAAAUGAGUCACCGAGUUCUGAAGAUAGUGUAGAUGUGUCAUCCGUUUCAACGGUGCCAGAAGAUGAUCCUAGAACGAGUAAAAAGUCAUACGCAACACUUGGCGAUCUGGUCUUCUCGCGGUGUUCGUUUUCAAAGAAAGAUAACGAAUCAGAAACAUUCAAAGACCGCGCCGAAGAGCUUCGAGAAAAAGUUAAGCAAAGAAAGGCCGAUAAAGAGAAGCAACGGGACAAAAAAGCGACCUCUUCGACUGUAAAUUUGGACGAUGAUCUUAUCAAAGAUUUGGAGAAGCACACAAAACGAGACGUGGUGAGCAAGAAACAGUCUAAGUUUCCGCAGCCGAGUAAAAGUACAGGGAAGGCAAGUAGUAGCUCUGUUACCAUCAAUAAAUUAGAUACAGGAAAAGUGUCCAAAAAGAAAUUGACCAAGGGCUCAAAAGUCAAUAAACUCGAUCUGCUCGAAGAGUAUGCGCAAAUGCUACGAGAUGCGAUAAAACAUCAAAGUGAUUCCGAUGAAGAAAGUUCAAGCUCAAGUGACGACAAUUCUAACUCUCGAAAACACAAAUCGAAGAAAAAGAAGAAGAAAAAACUUUCACAUCGCAAGACUCAGGACUCUGAUGAAAUCAUGGAAGUUAUCAAGCUAGAGGCUCAAUCGAACGAUGAAAUGGACGUUGACACCCCUUCGCCACAACCAACAGAAAUUACGUUCUCUUUUCAAUCUCAAGAAGCGUCAUCAGGUUCGAUUACCAUUAAAGAGGAGCCGGAACUGGACGUGGUUUGUGUAAAGCAGGAACCUGAUAGCUCUCAGUUGCAGGCAUGCUGCGGCUCUCAGGCAUCAGCAUUGCCAAUUCCAGCUUCUAAUAUAGCCUUACCUGUAUGUGCACAAUCAUCGCUAGCAUCAUCAGUUGAGACUUCUGCCCAAGCUGCUGCUUCAAAUUCAAACUAUUCGAUUUUGUCAUCUGAUUCGAUUAAUGCAGAUCCGAACCAAGCGCCAAAGAAAACUCGACGCAGCAGUGCGAGAGAAAGAUCGAGGUCGCCACCGCCUCCUCCCCCGCCGCCACCUCCACCGAUGAUGCCUGGCGAAGGCAUCAUUCCAUUUCCACCUCCGUCUUUUAUCAGUUCUACCCGCAGUGACCAGUUUCCAGUAUCCAGCAGUUGCUUUCAAAGCAUCUCACAACCACCGCCGGCUAGGGAAUUCCUUGUUCAAAAUGCACCGCCGGCGCCUUUUCAAUCUACUUCGACUGCGAUUUCAUUAUCCAAUCAGCCUUCUCCUGGGCCUAGUUUCUACUCCGGGGCGCCACCAGGGUUAUUAAACAUGCCGCCUCAUCUGCUCCCGCCUAUGCCGAAUCAAAUGAACCCACCGGCCUUCCAACCGCCUCAAAUGACUGCCAAUAACAUGCCUCCGCCUCCGUACACGCCUUUUCCAACCAACAUGCAAUUCAGAAAUCCACCGCCAAAUCCGCCUUCUGGUGGAAACCUGAACCAAAAUCUACCAACUGCAAAUUUACCACCACCUCUGCCGCACAUGAUGUCUUCAAAUUCAGGAAUAAGAAUGCAGUCCCAGUUCAAUGGAGCUGGAAAUUUCAAUUUUCAGCCUCCGAUGUUUGAUAAUAAUAUGAGGAAUAAUAUAACCGGCAAUGUGACUGUUCAACAGGAAGCUCAACUACCGAAUUUAAAGCCAGUCGCUCAGGUUAACAGCACGAUUGUUUUGGAUCCGAACAAUCCUAGAGCUCCUCUAACAUUCAACACUAAGCUUACGUCAUACAUUCCUGAGUCAUUCGCAGCCGCGCAAAUCACGCCUACUUUUUCGACUGCUAAUCUGUCGAAUAUUGAAACUACUACUAUGCAAUCAUCACCUAACCUCAAUUCAUCGUCAACAGCUUGUAAUAUCAGUUCGUCGGCAACGGCAAGGACCGAACCUGAGACACAGCAAUCGAGACAAAACGAAAGUUGUGACCGGGGAAGUUUAGGCUCUCAUGCUAGGAAACGUCCAAAUUCACCGAAUAGAGAUCAACUGGAAAUAGCAAUUGAUUUCUCCAAAGACAUUUCAUUCGAAUCGUUUUUGGGCAAGGGUCUGGGAGUUAAACCAAGGACACCCAAAAUUUCUCCUGUUAAAAAGCGGGAUAACGUUUUCUCGGAAUUUGAUUUUGUGGCGUUCAAAAAUGAAAUGAACCAGCAGGAAUGGAUGGCGCCUAGUAGCUUGGUUAGAAAGCGCCACCUUGAUAGAAGCUUAAUUGUCUCAACAAAUGCAUUUGGAUAUUACUCGAAACUGGAUGAAAAUUCAGGAAUGGUUAUCGAGAGUACUUCUGAUCAAUUGAAGCAGCUUCAAAGGUCAUUCGAGAUUUUAAUGAAAUCUCUGUCUCGUGGAACCGUUUCGCCUGAAUCGGAAAUGCAUGAGCAAGAAUUGCAAUCAGUUAUGUCGAGGUUGACCAGUUUGACCUUCAAAAACUGCCAUGAAAAUAACCCAACAGGAGGUCAUUCAGAGAGGAAAAGUGGCCAGAAUAAAAAGAAUGCAGAGGUCAUGCUAAAGCAACUGAGAAUAAACGUGGUGAGUUCGGGUUCAAAAGCUGACGAUGAAAUGUGGAAGUCAAAUUUGGACUCAUUAUUUUCAUCUAACCCUGGAAAUGAAAGAACUAUUCGCGAUUUACCGGGUGAAGUUUACCAUAGCAAGAAUGCGAAGGCAAGAAGAAAGCGAUUGAAAGGCCCUAAUACUGGGGCUACUCGAAGAUCCAUGCUGAUGUCUAAAAUUGAUAGUUUCAUUGACCAAAGCGACUUAAACGAUGAGUUGAUAUCAGAAAAGCUGAAACUUGAUUAUGUGAAGCUUCGAAGAAAUGAGAAAUCGAGGCUGCAUCAUGAUAUUUACCCAAACGAGAAAGGGUUUUUCUGCGACAGACCAGCUUGUACGUGUUUGGGUGAGAAUAAACAAGUAGGACCUCAUCAUGGAGUGUUUCACAACGACCCAACGUAUAAGCAAUGCAACCCUGAGAGCAAUAAUUUAUCGAAAUUAUACCAUUAUUACAUAGACAUGACUCCUAAGCAUCAUUUCUUUCUGACAGAAGCAACGAAGAUUCCUUAUGAUGGUCACAAUUAUACAUUCAAUGGAUUCUCAUUGUUCAGUCACGAACCUCUUAAUAACAUUCCGGCAGCUAAUUUCACAAAAGGCAAAACUCAAUACUCGUUCGAAAUCGUAGAAGAACCGGCGCCGACCAGUUUCUCGAUCCGAGAUUGCGAUCUGCUAAGUGACUUCAUAUUCUAUAAACUUCUGGAGUUCUUUGAUUUUUCACUCCUGGACGAAAGAUCUGACAAAAGUGAUGAGCCCUACUGUCGCAAGUUCCACUUCCUACCCCGUUUUGAACGGGAUUUACCCGAAAGUGGAAUAGAGGUCUUGUCAGCGCAUGUGAUUCUCCGACAUGUCAUAUCAAGUUUUGCGCCGCUUUUUGCAAUAGAGAAACUGAACGACAUUCGAUAUUUGGAUGCGACCUUAAGAAACAGAGUGGCGGUGUCACUCAAAGACUACUUAGUUUACUACCCUGGAAUGAAACCAACGUGUGUUCGUGUAGACAAUUUAUCUUUUCGAGGUAAUGACAAGCCAGUUAUUUGUCAUACGAGUCUGUUACCCUCGGCAUUGUCGUUUCUGGGCGACAAGAAGUUCAUAAAUAUGAAGAAAUUGUACGCUAAGAUAAAAGAAACAAUGCAUUUCCGAAACGAUCCGACGGACCAAGAUUGGCUUGCAGAGCUGGAUCGAAUGAUGAACGAGCAUAAACGAACGAAACGUGCAACUUUAGUCUGUGAUUUGCCAGCGGAGAAUUGCUACUUCUCAGGACUAAAAUGCGACAUAACUCAUUGUGCAGUUUAUCUGCCGAGAAUAGUCUUCCACAUCAGAAGACACUUGGCAAUCCAACGUCUCUGUAAGAAGUUUGACUACGUUAUACAGAACCCGUUGCAUUUUGAAGCAGCCUUCACACACAGUUCGGCUAGUGAGAAUGUUAUGGACGGCACGAACAAAAGUCACAUGCGGGCUUCAAGGUACAGGGUCGGCAAAAAUAUGAACGACGUUCCGAUAUACGAGCGUGCAUGGAACCGAAAGCUGAAGGCUGCCAAACAUAAACGAAAUUUGUUCACGAUGAUUCAAACAAUGCGGUCGUUGCCGAGAACCGAAUCGGAAAUCGUUGACUACCCGACGACUGAUAAUUACGAGCGAAUUGAGUUUUUAGGCGAUGCAGUUCUCGAAAUGAUUGUAACAACUCAUCUUUUCUUCAUGCUACCAGAAGCCAAAGAAGGAAUCCUUUCUCUGUUCAGGAUAUCAUUAGUUGCUAACAGCCAAUUGUCAAAAGUCAGCAAAAAAGCAGGCCUGCACCGCCAUUUGUUGAUAUCUCACGAUGUGUAUUUCAAUCUACCCGGACCGAGAGAGAAGAUACAUGCGGAUAUUUUGGAAUCGUUCUUGGGUGCAGUUUUCCUUGACUCUGGUCUGACGGAAGCCGACAGAAUUUUUACCCAAAUGUUCUUUCCGGACGUUGCUGAAAGGGCCAUGUGGAUGAACCUGAAGCCUCACGAGUACCAAAAUGAGUUUCCAGAUGGCGAUAGACACUUGAUUGGAAAGUGUGAAACGUUGAAAAAGCUAACGGAGCUCGAAGGUUUGACUGGGAUCAAGUUCAAGCAUAUUUCCUUAUUAGCAAGAGCUUUGACGCCGAAUUCGAUUGGGCAUAACUUCUUGAGUGGCUCUAACAACGAACGACUUGAGCUUCUCGGAGAUACAGUUAUGAAACUUUUGGUCACGGAUUUUAUCUACCGGCACUUCCCGGUAUACCACGAGAACCAUCUCAGUACCUUAAGAGGAAACCUUGUGAGUCGAUUUGUCCAAGAGGAAGUUACAAAAGAACUUCGUCUAUCGGACUUCACUUUGGAUAAGUUAUGCGCCGAGUUGAACCAACAUCAGUCGUGUAAUUUGGUGACUGCAAAGCGAAAAGCAGACUUGUUCGAAGCGUUCCUAGCUGCAGUUUUUAUUGACCAAGGGCUGGAAACUUGCCAGCGUAUUUUUAAAAUCUGCAUCUUCCCUAAAAUACCAAAACUUCUCAAGAACCAAAAGUGGCUGACGCCACACUUGAUGUUGCAUUGCUGCUUCCUGGCAAUCAGAAGCGUUGCCGACCUUGAGAAAUCCUUAGUUCUCAUUCCAUCCUAUAGGGUGCUGCCAAACAAUGAUUCCAGUGUAUCAAUUGCAUCACUAGAACACAGUAAGUCUAACUCCAAAGACCAGUCAGCUAAAUUUAAUUCAUCUGCUAACAAUCAAAAUUUAAUUGGUGUGAAGCGAGUUGGAGUUUUUGUUGGUGGAAAGAUGUUCGGAGUCGGUGUUGCGAAAUCUCUGAAUCAAGCGGCAGUCCAAGCAUGUCGCGAGGCACUGUCCUUUUUCCAAAGCAAACAUCCGAAUACAUUGGCCACCAUGCUUAACGAACGUGUAGAUUCGAUUCUGAGCAAUAAAGACGCAAUUGAAGCUGGAAAGAGUGUAUCACGAGAGUUAGACGAAGAAGAUUUUGUAUAUGACUUGGAAUUGGUUGAAAGGAAACGACCCAGAAACGGAGAUUUUGCUCCAAAUCGAAAUAAGCUGCACAGUAAUUCAAAGCAUAAUCAACAAUCAACACCUUCAACACAAAUAACUACCAACUCGUCUCCAAGUUCUAAAGACAAAAGGACAAAUGUUCACGAAAAUCAGUCCCACUUCGAAAACAACAUUCCAUAUUCAAAAGGAAACUUUACAGGAGGCAAUGAUCGGAGAGGCCGACAAUUUAAUAAUAACCGAAGAGAUUGCAGCAGAAGCGACCAAUUUCGCAACAAUUCCGAAUCGAUUAGAAAUUGGAAGUAUUCAAGAUCAGAUAGAAGAAAUGACCGCAGUCUGAGUAAUGGAAACUCAAGAAACCAAAACGAGAGAGAGGAUGGUUUCAAUCCAAGAAGCCAUGGCACGGAAAUGCCACACCAUGGCUCUAGCAGUAAUACAAGAAUGCAGUUCAAUAAUUCAAAUAGUGGAAAUAUUAACGGAACAAAUCGAUCUCAUGCAAGUUAUAAUAACCAGCUAGUUAACGGAAAUAACAAUGAAGAUCGCCGAUUUGGGAACACAUCUGGCUACAGUGGUGACAAGAGGGAUCAACACAACCGAUCUGGCGCUAAUAAUUAUGAAAAUAGGGAGCAGUUUGGUAAUAAUAGUCACAGUCAUCGAGUGGAUAGCUUUGUUAGCAAUAAUAGUGUGAAUGCAGCUCCUCGUGAUGAUCACGGGACUGUGUUAAAUAUCACCAGGAGUGCAUCACUUUCCAAUACAAAUCCAAGCAAUGUUGUCAAUGCAAAUCCAAACCAAUCAUCUUCUAACUCUUCAUCAGUUUCAGCGCCUGCAAAGAAUUUCUAUCAAAUUUUUAGUGCCUACUAAAUUACUCUCUAAAACAAUCAAGUUAAACUAAAAAUUCGCUAUCAAAUACAAUUUUGUGAAUAUGUGAAAAGCUUAAAACGAAUCUCAAGCGGUGCUCGAAAUAUUUAUCUUCUAUCUUGUGUGUACUAAAAUGUGCCAUUUUAUCCAAUCAGACUUGCAAAGACAAGGCGGCAAUGUCUAUUAAUGAACUCGAU